AAAAAGAAUCAUCCAUUCCCCUGUACGUUACCGAACCUUCGGGUUGCCAUCCCCGAACUGAGAGCCUGAGAGCAGCUAGCACGCGCCGGGAGAGAUGGCGACCAUCGCCGUCCCGACGCCCCUGCCGUCCCCGGCCGCCGACGCGGAGAGCCUCAGGAAUGCCAUGCAAGGUUGGGGCACCGACGAGAAGGCCCUGGUGGAGAUCCUCGGCCGGCGGACCGCCGCGCAGCGCGCCGAGAUACGGCGCGUCUACGCCAGCGUCUACAAGGAGUCCCUCCUCACCCGCCUCGACUCCGAGCUCUCCAGCCACUUCCAGAAAGCGAUGAUCCUCCUGACGACGGACCCGGCGGAGAGGGACGCUAAGCUGGUGAGGGCGGCCCUGGAGAAGAAGCGGGGCGACGACAAGGACGCGUGGGUGCUCAUCGAGGCCUCCUGCGCCUCCACGCCGGACCACCUCAUCGCCGUCCGCCGCGUGUACCGCUCCCUCUUCGGCUGCUCCCUGGAGGAGGACGUCGCCGCCUCCUCCGCGUUCCAGCAGCCACUCAGGACGCUGCUGGUGAGCCUGGUGAGAUCGUACCGCUGCGCGGAGGAAGCCGUCGACGCGGACCUCGCGAGGCUGGAGGCGGCGACGCUGGCUGAGGCCAUCUGGAGGAAGAAGCAGCCGCACGGGAGCGAGGUCCUCCGGAUCGUGAGCACCAGGAGCAAGUCGCAGCUCGCAGCCACGUUCCAGUGCUACAAGGAGGAACAUGGCAGCGACAUCGAACAGGAUAUCGACAACUGCAGCAGCCAGUUUGCGAGGAUGCUCAAGAUCGCCGUCUGGUGCCUCACAUCCCCCGAGAAGCAUUUCGCAGAGGUUAUCAGAUAUUCCAUCCUAGGACUAGGAACAGACGAGGACGCGCUCACCAGGGCAAUCGUGUCACGGGCUGACAUCGACUUGAAGCACAUCAAAGAGGAGUACAAGGUCAGGUUUAAGACGACGGUGACAAAAGAUGUCGUCGGCGAUUGUUCGGGGUAUUACCUGGAUAUCUUGCUGGCCCUGGUAGGGAGCGAGGACUGAAAGAAUUUCUAUUUGCAAGAGGGAUGUGUAAAGUUGUGGGUGUUUGUAUCAAAUAAAGGUCAACAGACUGUACUUAUCAUCUUGUGUUUGAGGAAAUUGUUUUCGAUGGUGAA